AUGACGUCUUCGGAGUUCCGCACUUACGUCCCAGUACCUGAUCACCCGCGCGUCAAGGAUUUACAUAAAGCAGAAGUGAGCUCCUACUCCAAAACCGUGCUUGACACGCCGCUACUGCAGGACAUCCUGAAAAUCUGGACGGGUCAGCUACAAGAACCCUUCUAUGGAGUCACAAGUGAUGGCACGCGACGUGAAGGCCUUUUCCCAUUGGAAGAUGAAGGCGCCCCAGUCGAGCAGAUUGUAAGUGUCGUCUUGGACGAGUGGUUGCACAAUCAUCUCAUGUGGAGAAAAGGUGGCAUGAGAAAAUGGUCGAACCCGGAGCUUCUGAUAUUUGAAAAUGGUAUUCGUCUAGAGGCUCUGUCCCGGGAGAAACAGGAUGCUAUCCUGGAUCUUGUACGGGCUAGUACGAGUGAGAAGGGCUAUGCCAAAAUCGUUGCAGCAAUGACAAUGAACAAGUUCCUCGGCGAGCUCGUCAAUGCUAGGCCUAUUCUCAACCAAUUCAGCUACCAGUAA